GCGUGGCCCGCGCAAUGACGUAACGCGGCGUAGCGCGGAGGAGGAGGAGGAUGGCGGCUGAGAGCAGAGCAGGGAGACGGGCAGAGGAAUAACAACAACAACAUGAAAUCGUAAAGGAAUUCAUGCCUUCAUGACUUGCUAACCGCUUGAUCUGAGGGUUGCAAAACCCCUCUGGGACCAAUAUGUAGCAGAAGUAAAUAUUUGAAGCUUCUUUUUUUUUACUGGAAAUUUGAUUCUGUUGAAUACUGAAUUUCAAACAUUGGAGUUAAUGAGGUACCCGGCUUUGAAUCAAUCACCAUGAGUAGCAGUGUUGUAAAAGAUAAGGACCCUAAAGAUAAGGAACCCAAGGUAACUACUGUAAGGGAAAGAGAAAAGGAUGCAAAAGCUUGCGGAGGACCUGUGAAAGAGAGCAAGGAGAAAGAACUUAAGACCAAAGUGAAAGAUGCCAAAGAAGGAAAGAAAGAUACCAGCAGCGCACAGCCUGGGGUGGCUUUUUCAGUUGACAACACCAUAAAACGUCCAAAUCCAGCGGCUGGACUGCGUAAAAAAGCUAGUAAUGCAGAGGUUAUUAAGGAGUUGAACAAAUGUCGGGAGGAGAAUUCUACACGGUUGGACUUGGCGAAGAGGUCCAUACAUAUGCUUCCAGCGUCGAUCAAGGAGUUGACUCAGUUAACAGAACUUUAUUUAUAUGGCAACAAGCUGCAGUCCCUACCCGCUGAGGUGGGCAGCCUUGUGAACUUGGUGACACUGGCUCUAAGUGAGAAUUCUCUGACCAGCCUGCCAGACUCUCUUGAUAGUUUGAAAAAGCUUCGCAUGCUUGACUUGCGACAUAACAAACUUAGGGAAAUCCCGUCAGUGGUUUACAGGCUGAGUUCUCUGACCACACUCUAUUUACGCUUUAAUCGCAUCACUACUGUGGAGAAGGAUAUUAAAACUCUUUCAAAACUUACAAUGCUGAGUAUCAGAGAGAACAAAAUCAAGCAGCUACCAGCAGAAACAGGUGAACUGUGUAACCUCACAACACUGGAUGUUGCCCACAAUCAGCUGGAACACCUCCCGAAAGAGAUUGGGAACUGCACUCAAAUUAACAACCUGGAUCUGCAGCACAAUGAGCUGCUGGAUCUGCCUGAGACAAUAGGGAGCCUCUCCAACCUCAGUAGACUAGGUUUGCGGUACAACAGACUUUCAGCGAUACCCAAAUCUUUAGCAAAGUGCAGUGAGCUGGAGGAGCUUAAUUUGGAGAACAAUAAUAUUUCCACUUUACCUGAGCCUACAUUGAACUCACAGGACAAUCAGCUGACGUCUCUGCCUCUGGAUUUUGGGACAUGGACAAGUAUGGUUGAGUUAAACUUGGCCACCAAUCAGCUAACCAAAAUCCCAGAGGAUGUAUCUGGCUUAGUUUCGAUUGAGGUUCUGAUAUUAUCCAACAAUCUCUUGAAGAAACUUCCCCACGGGAUAGGAAAUCUGCGCAAGUUAAGAGAGUUAGACCUAGAAGAAAACAAGCUGGAGUCUCUGCCAAAUGAAAUUGCUUAUCUUAAAGACCUGCAGAAAUUGGUCCUUACUAAUAACCAGUUAACAACAUUACCAAGAGGUAUUGGACAUCUUACAAACCUCACACACCUUGGGCUUGGCGAGAACCUCCUUACUCAUCUUCCAGAGGAAAUAGGUACACUGGAGAAUCUGGAGGAGCUGUAUCUGAACGAUAACCCCAACUUGCACGGCCUGCCUUUCGAGCUGGCACUCUGCAGCAAACUGUCAAUCAUGAGCAUUGAGAACUGCCCUCUCAGCCACCUUCCACCGCAAAUUGUUGCAGGAGGCCCGUCAUUUAUCAUUCAGUUUCUGAAAAUGCAGGGUCCUUAUCGUGCUAUGGUCUAAUACAAGUCAGAUGUCCCAUACACUGUACAAAUUGCAUUCAUGUUGUGUUUAUGUAUAUAUAUAUAUCCAUAUCUGCAGAAGGAUAUAGGUAUAUAUAAAUAAAUUAUAUAUAUAUAUAUGUAUGUAUAUGUAAAAGGCAAAUUUAUUAAGACUGCAUUAUAUGUUUCUGCUAAUAGAGGAAUCAUAGCCAUUUAGAUUUUUUUUUAUUCUGUAAAAAGAAAUUUUUUUGUUAAAUUUGAUGUUUUUUUUUGUUUUUUAUUUUUUGGCAAUUUUUGUCAUUGUAAUCUAAAAUGCCAGUUUUGUUUAAAUUGGUUGCCAACGUAUUUGAUAGUGAUGACAUUGACAGGAAUCGGUAUUUAUGUUUUUGGUGGGCCUGUUUCUUUUUUUAAGUUUAACUAUGGUCCAUAUUGAUUAACUCCUCCUAAAAAGCUUCAUGGAUUUUCCCUUUUUUCUGGUUCUUGAUUGACUAACUUAUUUAUUUUUUUUGCUUUGGCUAGAUCAGUUCAUUUUUAAAGUUUACAGUCCGAGUGAAACACUGUUUUCAUUGAAUUUCAGUUUAUUUUAGCCAAGUUAAUUGAAGGGUUAUGGAAAGCAAUCACAAAACCUGUUUAAUAUCUGUCAUAAUAAUGUUCUGUUAUUCUUUAAAUGUUAUGAUGAAAAGCAACCUGACCCUUCUACUUUUACAUGUCCACAUUUUGUAUGAUGCAACCCCGAAGCAAUGAACAGCUUAAACUCUUGUCCAUCAGCCUCUGUGCAUAUCAAGAGUCAUCCUUUUUAUGUAUUGAUCAUUUUUGUAUCAUAACAAUAUGUAUAUACUUGUCUUGCUGAAACCAGUGUCAUUGUAUGUAUUACUACAGAUUUAUCAUAUGAAAUACUGUUUUUAUCAAAUGGAGUAUGGCAAGUGGUUUAUAUUCACACUGUAGCGCACACAUUCAUGACAGCAUCAUCUUGUACAGUGCAUUCAUAUUUCAGCUUGCCUUGUUAAUCUUUUCUUAAUGGAAAGUACUUCUACAGAUCUAUCGAUUGUACUGUGGUGCUGAGAAUGCUCCUCUCUGACUUUGCCCUCUGAUUGUAAUAUAAAAAUAUAUAUAUCA